GCUUGGAUGAGGAGCAAGCAGGCAGGCAGUAGCAUCAUCUCUUUUGUGGCGCUGCUGAGGGAACUGGCUGCUUAGAGCCGUGCAGGGCGCUCACUCCUUGCAGGCGCUCGCAGCGCCACCGCCUCUCCCGCACUGGCCGCCGCAGGGACGGCGACAGCCUCCGUUACAGGCGCAUCACUGCUUGUUGCAGCGGCACCAUGGCGCAAGCCGCUAAGCAGAUCCGCAAGAACAAGGACCUACAGGAGCUCGCUGCCCAAGAGCUGCGGGAGAAGGAGGAGGAGAAGAUCAAGAAGAGGAACCGAUCGAGAGACCGCAGACGCAAGGCUCAUGUGGUUCAGCGCUGGCUUGUACAUCAGGACAGUAGUUUGAGUGCAGAGGGUUCGUCGGAGACGCAAGGUGGAAAAUGGCACUUUGAUGGAAGAGCGGACGCAACGACCAGUUUCCUCCGUGCUGCACGCUCAGGUAAUCUGGAAAAGGCUCUGGACCAUAUCAAGAAUGGAAUAGACAUCAACAUAGCCAAUCAGAAUGGGCUUAACGGGUUGCAUUUGGCCUCCAAAGAAGGCCAUGUUAAGAUGGUGCUGGAGCUGCUGCACAAUGGCAUUGACCUGGAGACUACGACGAAGAAAGGGAAUACAGCCCUUCAUAUUGCUGCUUUGGCCGGUCAAGAGAAAGUGGUUGCAGAACUGAUCAAUUAUGGUGCCAACGUUAAUGCCCAGUCUCAGAAAGGUUUUAGUCCUCUGUACAUGGCAGCACAGGAGAACCACUUGGAAGUGGUGAAAUAUCUACUUGAACAUGGAGCCAAUCAGAGCCUUCCAACUGAGGACGGCUUUACUCCUCUAGCAGUAGCUCUUCAGCAGGGUCACGAAAAUGUGGUGGCGCUCCUGAUAAAUUAUGGCACCAAAGGAAAAGUGCGUCUGCCGGCUCUACAUAUCGCAGCACGAAACGACGACACACGCACCGCUGCCGUACUCCUCCAGAACGACCCAAACCCAGAUGUCCUCAGCAAAACCGGAUUUACCCCUCUCCACAUCGCAGCUCAUUAUGAGAAUCUCAGUGUCGCGCAGCUUUUGUUAAACAGGGGAGCCAAUGUGAACUUCACACCCAAGAAUGGCAUCACUCCAUUACAUAUCGCUUCCAGGAGAGGGAAUGUGAUUAUGGUGCGGCUGCUGUUGGACAGAGGAGCUCAGAUUGAUGCCAAGACAAAGGAUGAGCUGACGCCGCUGCAUUGUGCAGCCCGUAACGGCCAUGUUCGUGUGGUGGAGAUCCUGCUUGACCAGGGAGCACCUCUUCAGGCCAAAACCAAGAACGGUCUUUCUCCCAUCCACAUGGCAGCACAGGGCGAUCACAUGGACUGCGUGAGGCAGCUGCUGCAAUACAACGCGGAGAUUGAUGACAUCACUCUGGACCACCUUACCCCACUGCAUGUUGCAGCACACUGUGGGCACCACCGCAUGGUCAAGGUGCUUCUGGACAAGGGGGCAAAAGCUAAUGCCCGCGCUCUGAAUGGAUUUACUCCGUUACACAUUGCUUGCAAGAAGAACCACAUGCGAUCCAUGGACCUUCUGUUGAAGCAUUCGGCAUCUCUAGAGGCUGUGACUGAGUCGGGUCUGACUCCUCUUCAUGUAGCUGCGUUCAUGGGUCAUCUCAACAUAGUAAAGAGUCUCCUUCAGAGAGGAGCUUCGCCCAACGCAUCUAAUGUGAAAGUGGAGACCCCUCUGCACAUGGCUGCCAGAGCGGGGCAUUGUGAAGUGGCUCAGUUCCUGCUACAAAACAAUGCACAGGUGGAUGCCAAAGCUAAGGAUGAUCAAACCCCCCUGCACUGUGCCGCUCGAAUGGGACAUAAGGAGUUGGUGAAGCUGCUCAUGGAACAUAAGGCCAAUCCAGAUUCGGCCACCACGGCAGGACACACUCCUUUGCACAUCGCUGCCCGCGAGGGACAUGCUCAAACCACACGCAUUCUGCUUGACGAAAAUGCACAACAAACCAAAAUGACCAAGAAAGGAUUUACCCCUCUACAUGUAGCAUGUAAAUAUGGAAAAGUGGAUGUGGCGGAGCUGCUUUUGGAACGAGGGGCCAAUCCCAAUGCAGCUGGAAAGAAUGGUUUGACCCCUUUGCACGUGGCCGUCCAUCACAACAACCUUGAUGUAGUCAAGCUGCUGGUCAGCAAGGGUGGCUCUCCGCACAGCACGGCGAGAAACGGCUACACAGCCCUGCAUAUCGCAGCCAAGCAGAACCAACUAGAGGUGGCGAGCAGUUUGCUGCAGUAUGGAGCUAAUGCCAACUCAGAGUCAUUACAGGGCAUCACCCCUCUUCAUUUGGCAUCACAGGAGGGACAACCUGACAUGGUGGCACUGCUCAUCUCCAAACAGGCCAAUGUUAAUCUAGGCAACAAGAAUGGGCUGACGCCUCUGCACCUGGUUGCUCAGGAAGGGCAUGUGGGCAUUGCAGACAUGCUGGUGAAGCAAGGUGCUUCAGUCUAUGCAGCCUCAAGGAUGGGCUACACACCCUUACAUGUGGCGUGCCAUUACGGGAAUAUAAAGAUGGUGAAGUUCUUACUCCAGCAGCAAGCUCACGUAAACAGCAAGACAAGAUUGGGAUACACUCCUUUACAUCAAGCAGCCCAGCAGGGGCACACAGACAUCGUCACCCUGCUGCUGAAACAUGGAGCUCUGCCCAAUGAGAUCACCACUAAUGGGACGUCACCUCUGGGUAUCGCUAAGCGGCUAGGGUACAUCUCUGUGAUUGAUGUGCUCAAACUGGUGACUGAAGAAUCCGUAUCAAUGAUCACCACAGAGAAGCAUCGCAUGAGUUUCCCCGAGACGGUGGAUGAAAUACUAGACGUAUCUGAAGAUGAAGGAGUUGCUCAGCUAACAUUAGGUGAUGAACUCCUCGGGAUGGAUGGGGCUCGCUAUUUGAAGCUGGAUGACCUGAAAGACCAGGAUGAUGAUUUUUUGUCGCCUAAGAAAACCCUUAGAGACUUUGAGAGCGGGAUGGGCACCACUAACCAAUUCUCUCGUAUCAGUGUGUGUGACAUAUAUUUUGUGCCGUAUGUAGGUGAUGAACUCCUCGGGAUGGAUGGGGCUCGCUAUUUGAAGCUGGAUGACCUGAAAGACCAGGAUGAUGAUUUUUUGUCGCCUAAGAAAACCCUUAGAGACUUUGAGAGCGGGAUGGGCACCACUAUGAGCUUCUCUUCCUUCCUGUUUUUGUUCCUGCCAGUCUCUCGUAUCAGUGUGUGUGACAUAUAUUUUGUGCCGUAUGUAGGUGAUGAACUCCUCGGGAUGGAUGGGGCUCGCUAUUUGAAGCUGGAUGACCUGAAAGACCAGGAUGAUGAUUUUUUGUCGCCUAAGAAAACCCUUAGAGACUUUGAGAGCGGGAUGGGCACCACACCGUACUCACCUGCAAUUCCCAGAAUUCCAUGCGUGUCACCUGAAACUGUCAUGUUGGACCAGCACACACCUGUCCCUUUGCCAAAGGAGUAUGACGAGGACUCUCUAAUCCCCAGUAGUCCUGCCACAGAGACCUCAGACAACGUUAGCCCAGUGGCCAGCCCCAUCCACACUGGGUUUCUGGUCAGCUUCAUGGUGGAUGCGAGAGGCGGGUCAAUGCGGGGCAGCAGACAUAAUGGUCUGCGUGUGAUCAUCCCACCGCGCACCUGCGCUGCCCCGACACGCAUCACCUGCCGUCUAGUCAAACCGCAGAAACUCACCACUCCUCCUCCUCUGGUGGAGGGAGAAGGACUCGCAUCUCGUAUUAUCUCUCUAGGGCCUUCCAGCAUGCAGUUUCUAGGGCCAGUGAUAGUGGAGAUCCCUCAUUUUGCAUCGCUGAGCCGAGGCGAUCGGGAACUGGUGGUUCUGCGAAGUGAAAACGGCUCCGUAUGGAAAGAGCACCGGAAUCGCUAUGGCGAUGAUGUUCUGGAGACCAUCCUCAAUGGAAUGGAUGAAGAUCUGGAAAGUCAGGAAGAGCUGGAGAAGAAAAGAAUCCGCCGCAUCAUCUCCACUGACUUCCCGCUCUACUUUGCGGUGGUGUCACGUGUCCGGCAAGAGAGCGAUCUCAUUGGUCCAGAGGGAGGUCAGCUGGCAAGUAAACUGGUGCCUCAGGUCCAGGCCAUUUUCCCUGACACAGCGGUCACUAAGAGGGUCCGACUAGGCCUACAGGCCCAGCCAAUUCCAGAUGAGCUGCUGACUCGGCAGUUAGGAAACCAGGCCACAUUCAGUCCCGUUGUGACAGUAGAGCCUCGUCGGCGCAAAUUCCACCGCCCAAUCGGUCUGCGCAUCCCAUUACCUCCAUCCUGGAGGGAGAGUCCACGAGACGCUGGAGAGGGGGACACCACCAGCCUCCGACUCCUCUGCAGUGUUAUUGGUGGCACUGCUCCUGCUCAGUGGGAAGACAUCACUGGCACUACCAAGCUCAUGUAUUCCCAUAACUGUGCCAACUUCACCACCAAUGUGUCCGCAAGGUUCUGGCUGGCAGACUGUCCGCGAACGGCGGAGGCCGUGACCUUCGCCAACCUGCUGUACCGUGAGCUGAUGUCAGUUCCAUACAUGGCCAAAUUUGUGGUAUUUGCUAAGAUGAACGAUGCCAGAGAGGGCCGCCUGCGCUGUUACUGCAUGACUGACGACAAAAUAGACAAAACCCUUGAACUACACGAGAACUUCUCUGAGGUUGCCCGCAGCAGAGACAUUGAGGUGAUGGAGGGGAUGCCGCUGCACUUGGAGUGUUCUGGAAACCUGGUGCCCGUCAGGAAAGCCACCCAACAACCUCGUAGCUUCAGCUUCCAGGCCUUCAGAGACAACCGGCUGCCCGUCUCUGUAAAGGUGAGAGAUGCUAAUAAGGAAGCCAGUGGGUUCCUGUCCUUCCUACGCAAGUCCACCAAGUAUGAGGACACGCAGCACGUCCUGUGCAACCUCAACAUCACCAUGCCUCCCUGCGUCAAGGGGGUGGGUAGCGAUGAUCGGCGGAGGACGUUGACUCCUCUGGCCCUGAGGGAGAGGUACAGCGCCCUGAGUGAACCUGGCCUGGCCGCUGUUAAUGCUAUGGAGAGAACCGAGCUGAAGAUCACAGUUAUAGCAGAGCAGCUGGGACUGAGCUGGACCGAGCUGGCCAGGGAGCUGCAGUUCGGUGUGGAUGACAUUAACCGCAUCCGUGUGGAGAAUCCCAACUCUCUCCUGGACCAGAGUUCAGCUCUGCUCAACCUGUGGGUAGGCCGAGAGGGCAAGAAGGCCAAGAUGGAGAGUCUUUAUGGAGCGCUGAAGAACAUCGACCGCUCCGAUAUCGUGAAGUGUCUGGAGGCGCAGGCUCCACCGGUGCUGCCGGAGACCCUGGAGGAAGGAGCCUGUAGACUGGUUGAUCGAGACUCCACUCUGCUUUCUCCUAGUGUCGUCAAUGGUUACGGGCUGGUGCAGGAGGAGCUGCUCUCCCCCGCUUCCAUGCAGUAUAGCCUGCCUUCUCCGCUGGGCGUCGAGCCCUACUGGCAGGAGGUGUCGAGCCUGGAGUGUGCGCCCAUCGCCACCACUGAGGAGGACACCAUGCUGGAGAUGUCAGACGUGCAGGUAUGGCCAGCAGGGGUCAGUCCAUCCCUGGUGACUGUCGAGGACUCGUCACUGGAUGGUAGCAGUCGUGCAGAUGACUCAGAGGGCAACACGUUGAGCUUACCCUGCAGCAGUUUGGGGAGGCCUAGCAGCGGAGCCAGUGGGGCAAGUGGCUCCAUAAUGGAGCUGGAGGAGGAGGAAGAGGAAGAGGAGAUUGAGGAAGACGACAUACAGCACGAGCCGGUGUCUGCGAGUGCAGAAAAAGCAUGGGCCAGCGGUGCCGUCCCAAAGGCUAACUAUAAUGGGCAGGCUGGAGGUCAGAGGUCGGAGGGCAAGAGGACAGAUGCGGCGGCGGGCAGCAGUAUGACAAGUGUAGCUAGAGGAGGAGGAAAGGCUGGAAAAGGGGCAAGUUCAGAGGAAAAGUUUUCUGUUCUUACAGGGCAGCAGCUCUAUGCUCAGUUGUGCGAGAGAACCGGACUGACCCGAUCCCUAGAACACAAUGGGGACAGGCUCGGCAGCGGUGCCUUCCAGCCUUACUCGCAGGAGAAAGACUCCCUCCACAGCUGGUCUCAACCCAAACCCAGGCAGACCAUGGAGACCAUGAUGUCAUCGUCCCCGGACCACAAUCAGUCACGUGUAGCACAGGAGGCCCUGCUUACACCGGUAUGUGAUACAGGCCAUUCGGAGGUCCUGCGGGGGCGUCUACUGGGCACUCAGCCCUUUGAUAAAGGGCUGGGUUUCUCCCAUCAGGAGGGGGAAUUACGGGCAUGGGACCAGGAAAGACGGAAGGCACAGAAGGAUGAUCCAGUAGAUCUCAGCAGUGAUCUUCUACAUGAAGAGCAGUUCACUGAUGAGCAUGGGAAUGUUGUGACCAAGUUGGGUGUGGAUGUGAAAAAGGAUGUCCAGACCGUGAAGCGUUCCAGUCUGCGGAGAGUAAAGCACUGAAACAAAACACAAACUGUCCUGAAGGUACGGGACAGGGUCGAACAUCCACUGCCAAAUCAUCCUUCACCUACGCACGACUGGGAGAUCGGACUAGACACAGAGCGAUGGGGGGAAAAAACAACAUGCAGCGAAAGAAAAACACAUCGCAGCCAAAUCCAACAGUCAAGCAACCACAGAGGGUUACCAGAAAACAACAAGGAGAAGGAGUUCUCUACCUGUAGUUUUGUAACAUUUUUAACUGAAGAAAAAAAAAACGUAUUACUAGCAUAGGGCAUGAACUUUUUGUACAAAAUGUGAAGAAAAACACCAACAAAAAAAGCAACAAAAGUGCUUCCUGUCAACUGUAAACGCAUGACUGACUGCUGGUGCAUGACCUAUGAGCUGUCAUUAUCUAAAAAACUGAAGGGGUACAAGGUAAAGGGCCGUUCCAUGAGGGGAAACCUUUGGACCUUUUACCCUGACUCAUAAAAAAAGAGGUCUCGGAAACAAAACAGCCCAAAAAAAGCAACAGUUCUUUAUUUUGUUUAACAGAUUGACAUUACACAGCAGCAUAGUGGAUGCUAAGCCCGUCUCGUCAUUUCCCACAGGCCCUUUAUCCUGUUAUUCAAUGUGAUAUAUGCACUCUAAUGCUACGUGAAUGUGCGUCGGUGUGUGUGCGUGUGUGUUGGUAUCUAACGCAUGUGUACUUGCUUCUGGCUUGGUACUGAGCUUUUUUUUCUGGAUCGGUCAGAGCUCAUUUGGUGUUCGCCAUGGGAAUGACAACAGGGCCCUGUGCUCUCCUGCUCGUGAGCGUCCGCGUGCUUUUAUUUCCACUUUGUGAAGCGUAUCCGUGUUCCUUUGAACUGUCAGCCAUUUUGCUUUUAUAUCUCUGGUUUUGAAUUUAAAGGCCCCCUUCUGUUCAAAUCCAAACUGAUUUGUUUGUUGGAGGUUGCGUAGCUUUGUAUGUACAACACCCAAAAUGGAGGGCACAUGCUUUAUAUGUCUGACAGUUCACGACUCUAACCUCCGACCUUCCAGCCAUUCAUUCAUCCACAUUUGUAGCUCAGCUGCUCUCCUAAAACCGCCAUGCCGGACCGUUUUCCAGAGACUAAUGUAGCAUUGCAUGCUGGUUAACACUGCUUUUCAUGCUGUUCUCUUGGGCCCACACUGGGCCCAGACGUUUAUUUAUUAUUUUAUAUUAUUACUCAAGCUGUGCUGGUGAAAAAAACAUGAUUGUAGCGGUGACUUUUGGGGCUUGGGGACUAUCUCUGAGUAACUGCCUUUGUAAUGUUUGGGAUUUCAGCUGGAGUUAUGCGUAGUAAGUAUUUUGAUGAUGCUCUUCGUUUAUUCUCUUUUUCUUUUUCGUUUAGAUGUACAGUUAAAAAAGACAGAUAAAUAUACAGACAGCACUGUGAAAGUCCACCUUAAAAUUGACCCCUGAACUGUGAACUCACAACUGUCUGUCUUACUUUUUGGCUUCAAAUGUCUCACUUUUACCAGUACCAACACAUACCAACAAGGUAACUAUGGAAAGCUUAAAGUGUUUUAUUGCAAUUUCAUUCCCAAUUAACAUCAUUCGCAUGCGUUUCUUUCACCGUUACCCUUUUUAUUUUCACUAUGAAAGAGCCCAAACAUACACAAAAACUCUUGAAGUAUAGUCUACCAAAGCAAUAAUAUCAAACGUGCUGCAACAGUUGGAAUACUGCGUUGUUGUCGGUAUGUGUGCGCGUGUUUUUCCGUCUAAGAGCGUUUGUGUGUUCAGUAUAUACUGUAUUAACCCGUCAUUUUAGUAGCAUUUGUAAGACGUAUACGAUUCAAGAGGUAUAACAGCAUGCAUGAGUAUCUCACACCGUAUGCAAUUACAUGAUCUACAUGCCAACUUGAGUUCACUGAACAGUAGCUGUUUCACUUUAAUGGACAAGGUUUCUUUGAACAGCAUAAUGAUAUCAGGUACGGUGCUCAGCAUUUAAUCUCAGCACAGUAGCUUACAUAGUCAUGAGCACACCGUGAUAUACUGGCUCACGCAUUCGUGUAGUUUAAGUUGAGGGAUGUCAAUGAAUGAAUGACUCUGUGAAUGACUGACUUUGUGAAUGACUGAAUAAACCUGUCCUCCAGAUGAAAAAUAUUUAAGGAAUGCAUGGACAAUUGGACGAAUGACAAUGAUUGUACUUUCGUAUUUAAAAAAGAAACGUUUAAUCAGAACCUAGUGUUUUUGUUUAGUUAAUUAAAUGGUGUGCUUUGUGAGACUGCACACGUCCCUUCUCACCAACACAUUAAAACCCUCAUUCUGCC